CUUUUACCGAAGCCACGCCCUCUGUUAGCAACUUGUGGCUAGCCCGGCUACCAACGCAGCCACACGGAGGUUCAUUCGCCAGCCACCACCCCGAGUCCAACACUGUCUACGCGUACUCAACCUGGUCAGUGAAGUCCAGAUGCACGAGUCUGGGUCAGAACCAACGAGCCAAGCCAUUCGAGCCGUUAGGACACAGAACGGGAACAAUGUUGAAAAUGAGAGUCGACUGAGGAGCGGCCAGACUCCUCCAUCAGAGUCACCCAGGGUCCCGGCAUUGUCAUCAAUGAUGACCCCGCCAGCAGAGGCUCCUCAGCAGCUGCAGCAGACGCCGCAGCAGCAGGUUCUCAGUCCUCAACAGAUCCAAGCCCUGUUCCAGCAGCAGAAGGCCCUCAUGUUACACCAGCAGCAAAUCCAGGAGGUCUUCAAGAACCAGCAAGAACAGCUAAAUAUGCAGCUUCUCCAACAGAAGAAUGCUGGCAUAGUUAGCCAGGAGCUGACAGCACAGCAGAUCGCCAUCCAGCAGCAGCUCCUUCAAGUGCAGCAACAACAUCUGCUCAACCUGCAGAGGCAGGGCCUGCUCUCUGUGCUCCCCACCAGCGCCGCUGCCGGCUGCGAGAACGGCAGCAGUGCGUCCACGGGCGGUGACACCAGAGAGUCGUCCAAUCAACAGUCCACGACUAACGGCCAUCACACUCUCCUGAAGAGGAAGGAAAGUGGCUCACUGGAUGAAAACGCACAGAGUAGCCAUCCUCUCUACGGGAACGGCAUGUGCAAAUGGCCCGGCUGCGAGACCGUCUUUGGAGACUUUCAGGCAUUUCUCAAGCAUUUGAACAGUGAGCACACACUUGAUGACAAGAGCACUGCGCAGUGUCGCGUGCAAAUGCAAGUUGUUCAGCAGCUGGAACUACAGCUAAAGAAGGACAAAGAGCGACUCCAAGCAAUGAUGGCUCACCUAAAGUCAUCCGAGCCCAAAACUGCAGCUCAGCCCGUGAAUCUGGUGCCAAAUGUGUCCUUCUCCCAGACGACGCUGUCCAAAGGCCCCCCUAUGACCGUGUCCCAAAGCGCCACGGCACCAUCCACACCCCUGAUGCCACUGUCCGACUCCCCCUCGGUCCUGACUCCCAAUAGCGUCUUCACCGGGACGCCUGUACGCAGGCGGUACAGUCGCUCCGUCAGCCAAGAUAUUGUUGAUAAUAAGGAGUUUUACCUGAGCACAGAGGUCAGACCUCCAUUUACGUAUGCGUCUCUCAUACGACAGGCAAUAUAUGAAUCACCUCGUAACCAGCUGACUUUGAAUGAAAUCUACAACUGGUUCACAAGAAACUUUGCCUAUUUCAGACGCAACGCAGCAACGUGGAAGAACGCUGUGAGACACAACCUGAGCCUCCAUAAGUGCUUUGUCCGCCUGGAGAAUGUGAAGGGAGCCGUGUGGACGGUCGACGAGAUCGAGUUCCACAGAAGAAGGCCCCAGAAGGCUGCCGUUAAUGGAUCUCUAAUGAAAAACCGGCAGAGUUUAGCUGGGUCCAUGUCUCAGGCUGGAAGUCUAGACAGCAACUCUUUCUACCACCCGGGCGCGAUGGGCAGCAUUCCGUUACAUUCUCUGCCACAUAUCCUUCAAGAGCAGAUGAACGGCGCCCUCGCCAAUGGGUCCGGAUACCAAAGCGACAGCAGUGCGACACAGUCGCCUCCACAAGCUUACAUCAAAGAGGAGCAGGAGGACGAGGAGAUUUGCGAAAAUUACCCUUACGAGUCCGAAAGCACCGACGAGCACGGCCACAGCCCCGAGACGAACCGCGAUGAAGACAAUGGCAGUCCGGAGAGGCUCCGCCUGGACCGCGUGCCCUCGCUCUGACCACAAGGUCCCAGAUCUCUUUCACGGCAACGUAUUCCAAACGAGUCCGAAAGCAACUGUUUCAUAUACGUAACCAAACACACUCUUCUUGUUUUUGUUUCCAUAUUUAUCAGUAUUUUGUUGUUGUUGUUAUAAUCAAGUUUUUAAUUCUGUACAGUAGAGUGAGAUCACAUGUGUGAAAAUGUCUUGUCAUAGUUGAUCUUGUUGGGAAAAAGACGAGGAGCCAAAGGAAAGGGAACACUGAUAAUAGCGAGCACUUCACAAUUGGAACGGAAAACAAACAAAAAAAAACACUAGUUGGUUUUUAUUUUAGUGGUCAUGUUAUGUAUACAUUUGUAGAGAGAUGAUUCCAGAUAUAGUCACUGCCCACGUGAUCGCAUAUAUUUGUAUGUAAAAAUAUCAUCAGGUGAUUGAAAAACAGAAUGUCUUUAUACUGUACGUGUUGGUAUUUUCACCCUCACCACAAAAAUGGCUGAAUUUUCUCAAAUUGAGCAAGUAAGAGCAGAAAGUAUAGAUUCACUGUAAACCAUCUCUAUGAAGAAUAAAUUCAUCUGUUCAAG